AUGGAUGGAAGGCCGAAGCGGCGCAGCGCCUAUUCUGUCUUGGAAGUAGAUAAUUUUUUGAACCAGUAUGUGGAACAAAUCGAGGCUAAGAAAGAUGAGGAAGAAGAAGAGAAGACACAGAAAUGUAAACUGGAGGAGGUUAAGCAGACGAAUCAAUUUCCUCCAACGAUGGUUGAUAGCAAAGAAAAAUCAGAUAGUAAAGAGAAAUCGGAGAAAACGGAACACAAGGAUCAGUCAGACGAGUAUGUUGAUAUCACCAAAAUGGCUUCAAAACACUCUAUCACAAAGUCGCAGGAUUAA